AUAAUGUCUGUGGAUAAUGACUCUUCAGUAACUGAGUUCAUCCUGGUAGGGUUUACAGACCAAAGUCAACUCCAGUUACCCCUCUUCUUCCUCUUCUUAUUGAACUAUAUGGUCACUGUGGUAGGGAAUUUGAGCUUAAUUAAUCUGAUAUGCCUGAACUCUCAUCUUCAUACUCCCAUGUAUUUUUUCAUCUUCAACCUAUCCUUCAUAGAUCUCUGCCACUCCUUGGUCAUUACCCCUAAACUGCUAAUGAGCCUUGUGUCAGAGAACAUCAUUUCCUUUGCAGGAUGCAUGACUCAGCUGUUUCUUUUCUGUUUCUUUGUCCAUUCUGAAUGCUAUGUGUUGACAGCCAUGGCCUAUGAUCGCUAUGUGGCCAUCUGUCAGCCCCUUUUGUACAUGGUCACUAUGUCCCCACAGGUCUGUUCUCUGCUGAUGUUUGGUUCAUAUGUAUUGGGGUUUGCCGGUGCCAUGGUCCACACAGGGGACAUGGUCAGAUUGUCCUUUUGUGAUUCCAGUAUCAUAGAUCAUUACAUGUGUGACAUCUUCCCCCUCCUCCAGCUGUCCUGCAGCAGCACUGAUGCCAAUGAGCUGGUGGAUUCCAUUAUUGUGAGCACAGUUGUAAUAAUAUCUAGCUUCAUUAUUUUUGUUUCUUAUGCUUUGAUCCUCUCCAAUAUCCUCCACAUCUCAUCAGCUCAGUGUUGGUCCAAAGCCUUCAGCACUUGUGGCUCCCACAUAAUAACUGUUGCCCUUUUCUAUGGUUCUGGGUUGUUCACACAUCUCAAGACCUCUUCUGUGGGCCAGGGGAAGUUCUUCUCAGUAUUUUAUACCCAUAUAGUCCCCAUGUUGAACCCCCUCAUCUAUAGUCUAAGGAACAAGGAUGUCAAACUUGCUCUGAAGAAAACCCUAAAGAGAGUUGCAAACUAA